ACAGGACACAAAUAUAAACACUACAUCUCAGCUGUCAAACAAAAACUUCGAGUGAAAACACUCAAAAAGAUCGAAUAAACAGCGAAUUCACGUCAGCGAAACAUACAUAAUGGCACAGAAAAGAUUAACAAAGGAGAUGAAAGACAUCAGAAUCGACCCACCACCAGGUUGUUCGGCCGGGCCAGAAAAUGAUGAUUUGUUUCAUUGGAGUGCAUCACUAGAGGGACCUGAUGCGACUCCUUAUCAAGGAGGGGUGUUCUUCCUAAAGAUGGUCUUUCCCACAGAUUAUCCUUUUAAACCACCCAAGGUGGUUUUCACGACUAAAGUCUACCAUCCAAAUAUCAACAGCUCCGGCAGUAUAUGUCUAGAUGUUCUUAGAUCCCAGUGGUCACCCGCACUUACUGUUGGAAAAGUGCUGCUGUCAAUAAUAGCGUUGUUGUCGGAGCCUAAUCCGGAUGACCCCCUUGUCCCAGAUGUGGCAAACUUGUUUAAAAAGGACAAAAACAAGUUCAACCACAAUGCAAAAGAAUGGACUAAGAAAUACGCCUCACCAUAGUCAGACAUUCCCAACUGUGAUGUUAAAUUUCAUGUACUGUGUGAUAAAAGUUGCAAUUCGGAAUCAAUAUACUGUAGGUAGCUCCGAUUGCGCGAGGGUUUUGUUUUUGAUAAUAUUGUUAACACAAGUAGUUGCGAUUCAAAUGCUGAUAACUACUAAGAAAAUGAUACUAGUCUAGAAAUUAUAUCUGAAAUCACUCGUAAAAAUGGUAACAAUUCAUAUCAUCAUUGUGUCCGGAAUAAGAUAUUUUGCAAAACUGGUUUAAACUCAUAAAUUGUGAAAAAGGUUACAUUAUACCUCAUGAUUAAAAGGUUACCCAUAGCAACUACGGUCAUUUUUUAUAAGCGGUAGGGGUAAAUCUUUGAUUUGCUUGGGGGAAUACCAUGUCAUAUAAUUAUGUCAACAAUAUUUGAUGUUGACCGGUAAUCGUUUCAAUGUUGAGCCAGUUUUUGAACUUGCAUAUUAAUUUGUGAUGUAAUUAUCAUGAGGUCAGGAUUCACACUUAAUCACAUUUGGUAUUAAUCCCUUGACUGAAAUGCUUGCUUUUGGGAUUUAAAAGUUUUACAAAUCUAAAAUAUAACCAGGAAGGCUUGGAUCACAAAUUUUCAUAUUCCGUAUGUGUGUAUACAGAUAAAAAAAGAACAACUUUUUUCUUCCUUAUUUUCACAUGCCAAUUCAAUGACAUAAUUUUCUCCUGACUUCUUCAAUUGGAAAUUGCAAGAAAAUGCCAGAGCUCAAUUAUAAAGCAUUAAAUGGGGAUUUCACCAGCCUGCCAGUUUUAAUUUAGGGCUAUUCCAGUAAAACAUAUAACCCACUGGGGGAAGGCAAUUAUUCUCAUAGUAUAUAGGUGGGUAUCUUUUUUUGCUAAUUUGGACCCCAAAAGGGUAAUUUUCUUAUGUGGGGGGUUGGUAUUAUUUAAAAAUGCCUUCCCCCUGGGGGUUAUAUUAUUAAAUGGAAUAUAGCCCUUAAAGAAUGUAUAUGCUUAUAUUUAUGUAACAGUGUUUUUUGUUCCAUCUUGUAUUUUAUUGUUUUCUUGUAUUUGAUUGUUUAAGUUAAGAAAUCAGUUAUAUAUCAGUGGUAAAAUGUUUUUUUUGUAAUUUAAGAAUUGAAAGAUCUUUUUAUGUGUGUUUAAAAUAUUGAUUCACACUCAAAUACAGUAUUAAAAAAUGUAUAAAAAUUAUAUAAAAAUUAUAAACAGAUUUCUUGGAUUUCCUAGAAAUAUUUUUCGCCUUAUCCAAAAAUCAGCAAACAAAUUUAUCGUGCAUUGUUUUGUAAAUGUGAAAUAUACAUAUUAUUUGGUGUGUAACUAAUAAUACAUUAUUUUAUUAGAAGAAAUGUAAGUUGAUGUUUGUUUAUAUCUCAAGACAUAAGUGAAAACAAUUGUGUGAAAGACAGACUAAGAUUUUCAUUAAAUCUUAUGGUUAUGCAUAGAAUAGUCAUAGCGUCACAAAAAAUGUAAUAGAACAUAUUUGUUCAAAUUUUAAUGAUAAAGAAUGGCAGGGUGAUUGAAGCGAGUGAGCCCUUCUUUGUCAUUAAGAUAUUACUUUAUUUGUUCUUUAUGUCUUAGAUUAUGUUUUUAGCAGGUGGGGAACCAAAUUAUGACAUCAUGUCUGUUUAGUUGUAAGACUGCAAGUUUUAACUUGGUGAAGGCAUGGUACUUAAAGGCUAAUAGGUCAUUUAUUUGGCAGGACAUGUUGGUUAUAAUUUCAAUUUUGAUGGAUAAUGUGCUUAUUUUUAUACAUGAAAAAAACAAUUGAGAGGGAGAGAAGUCUAGUGUUAUAGGUGUACGUUUCUCAUUAAAGAGGUUGUGGGUUUGGUCCCCACCAAGGGUACUUUCUGACGGUCUCUCGAAAUGGACACUAGUACUGGCUCCUACCCAGGAAAUGGAUCCAAGAGUUAUUCUAUAAAUGUCAGCUUUCGUCACAAUCCAGCUUAAAGAAAAGUGAAUAUGCUAAAACAAUUGAUAUUAUGCUGAUGACGACUGCCCUCAAAAUUUCCCCUUCUUUGUAUAACAUAUGUUUUUGAAUCCAAGUCCACAUUUAUUUAUUUAUUUUUGUUCAUUGUUAUUUUAUGUGACUUGUUAAUCUCGUCAUUGGUUGAACAGUAAUGAAUAUUCAUAUUAGAGUGGUUCAGCGUCAUGUGACCAGUGAACCUCGCCAUUGGUUGAACAGUUAUGAAUAUUCAUAGAGUGGUUCCGCAUCAUGUGACCAGUGAGUCUCGCCAUUGGUUGAACAGUAAUGAAUAUUCAUAUCAGGGUUGUUCAGCAUCAUGUGACCAGUGAACCUCGCCAUUGGUUUAAAAGUUAUGAAUAAUUAUAUCAGGAUAGUUCAGCAUCAUGCCAAUUAUUGUAGAAUGUGUUUUUUUGUAAAUGUAUGUAUAAAUAAAAAUAAACUUAAGGGAAUUGUAUCUUUCUAAAAUAAAUAAGUUUAAUAUUCAUUAAAAAAACACUGUUUUGAUGAAUAUGGGAUAAAUUUUCAAAAUUAUGAGAUCAGAAUAUUCCCUAAGUUGUUACUCUAAUUAAAAGUUAGGACUAACGAUGAUGACUGAAAUAUUUGAGAUUUUUUAUCAUUUAUACCAUAUAUAUCUGAUAUUAUAUUUCUGAGUGUAUUUUAUCAUUUAACUCAUUAUGUUUUUUUGGUCAUGUUUUAUUUAAACACUUUUCUGCUUAAUUGUUAUCUUUUUUGUUUUAUUUUUUUUCUGUAUAUUUUUUUUGUUCGCAAGUAUUAAACUUUUUUGUGAAUGUUUUUGGUUGAUAUAUUGUGUUUACCGCUAAGUUAAUGUUGUUGUGAAUGCCUUUCUUUGUUGACAUAAAUAAAAUAUUGACAUGA